UAACACUUCUCAUAAUAACAUAAACAUCAAAUGAGACUUGGAAACUUUUUUAUGAUUUUUUUUUAAUAGGAGAUUUGGCUUGUCUAGAAACCCUCACAAUCUCCUUGUUCUUCUAUCUAUCCAGCUAAGAUAGUUUAAGCCAAAGCUCUGCAUCAGGCGCAGAGACGAAGUAGCGAUGAAUCCAAUUCCAGUGCAAGUGCUCCCAGGCUUACCACUGUACACUUUUCCCGCUCCCAAUUACAAUCAUAAAAUGCCAAUUACAUCCACUAGCAAUCUUAAUCUUACAGCAUUAUGUUGAAGGGGGUGCUGCGCAUUCUGCUUCCUAUACACAAUGCUACUGGAGACUUCUCUACAAAUCUUCAAUUACUGCAUACCUGCAUUUUUCUCAAGAACGCGCUUUCACAAGAGAAAGAAAUACAGUCUUUUCUCUCUCUCAGGCGAUCUGCAUUUGCCUCACGCACAUCUUUUCAUAAUAAUCUUAUUAACAUGUAUGUCAAGUGCGGAAGUUUGGUAGAUGCUCGUAAAGUGUUUGAUCACAUGAAAGAACAAGACAUCAUCUCAUGGAAUACAAUUAUUGCAGCAUGCCGAAGACAUGGGCAUCCUCACGAGGCAGUCACUCUGUUUCAACAAAUGCAACGAACAGGUUUCCAACCCGAUCAGUUCACAUUUGCCAGUGUACUCCCAGCUUGUGCCAAAUUGGGAGCUUUCGAUCAGGGUAUGGACAUCCAUCAAAGCAUCAAGGAUAGAGGGAUUCCUUUAAAUGUUGUAGUUUCAACUGCCUUGAUAGACAUGUAUGCGAAAUGUGGAAGCAUGAACAAGGCACGUGAAGUGUUUGACGAAAUGCCUGAAAGGGAUGUCUUCUCAUGGAAUGCAAUGGUUGUGGGAUAUGCACAAAAUGGGUUUGUUGAUAAGGCUUUAGAAACUUUCAAGCAAAUGCAAUUGGCAGGUGUAAAGCCAGACUCCACGACUUUUGCUAGCAUCCUUCCUGCCUGUGCUAGAAUGGGAGCUUUGGAACAGGGUAUGGACAUCCAUCAAAGCCUAACGGAUAGAGAAGUUUUGUCAGAUGUUGUACUUGCAACGGCCCUGGUAGACAUGUAUGCAAAAUGUAGAAGCAUAGAGAAGGCACGUGAACUGUUUGAUAAAAUGCCUAAAAGAAAUGUGGUCUCAUGGAAUGCCAUGAUUGUAGGAUAUGCGCAAAUUGGACUUGCUGAAAAGGCUUUAGAAACUUUCAAGCAAAUGCAAUUGGCUGGUGUAAUGCCAGACUCCACAACCUUUGCCAGCAUCCUUCCAGCCUGUGCCAAAAUGGGCGCUGUGGAACAGGGUAUGGGUAUUCAUCAAAACAUAAAGGAUAGAGGAAUAUCGUCAGAUAUACUUGCAACUGCCUUGGUAGACAUGUAUGCAAAAUGUGGAAGCAUAGACAAGGCACAGGAAGUGUUUGACAAAAUGCCUCGCAGAAAUGUGGUCUCAUGGAAUGCAAUGAUUGCAGGAUAUGCACAAAAUGGAUUUGUUGAAAGGGCUUUAGAAACUUUCAGGCAAAUGCAAUUGACAGGUGUUAAGCCAGACUCCACAACCUUUGCCAGCAUCCUCCCUGCCUGUGCCAAAAUGGGAGCUUUGGAACAGGGUAUGGACAUCCAUCAAAGCAUUAAUGAUAGAGGAAUUUCGUCGGAUCUUAUACUUGCAACUGCCCUGGUAGACAUGUAUGCAAAAUGUGGAAGCAUAUACAAGGCACGUGAACUAUUUGACAAAAUGCCUCAAAGAAAUUUGGUCUCAUGGAAUGCCAUGAUUGCAGGAUAUGCACAAAAUGGAUUUUGCAAGGAUGCUCUCGAAACCUUUGAAUUAAUGAAGCACUCUGGAACAUAUCCUGACAUUGUAAGCUUUGCUUGUGUUCUACGGGCAUGCAGCCUUGCAGGUUUAGUGGACAAGGGCUGUACAUACUUCAAUCACAUGAAUGACCCUUAUUGCAUUACGCCUACCAUUGAUCAUUAUGGGUGCAUGGUUGACCUUCUUGCCCGUGCUGGCUAUCUUGAGGAAACCCUAAACUUUAUCAUUAAGAUGCCGGUUAAACCUGUGGUGGAUGUGUGGAUGUGUGUUCUUGGUGCCUGUAGAUUACAUAUGAAUAUAGGAUUAGGAGCAUUUACAGCGAUGCUGCUUUUUGAUUUGGAUCCUGAAAAUUCUGCGGCUUAUGUUCUUCUCUCAAACAUCUAUGCAGAAGUGGGCAGGUGGGGUGAGGUUCAAAUGGUAAGGAGAUUGAUGAAAGAUAGAGGAAUUAAGAAGAUCCCAGGAUGUAGUUGGAUUGAAGGCCAUAAAAUGGUUCAUGCUUUCUGUGUAGGAGAAGGAUCACAGACACAGGGGAUCUAGGCAGAGCUGGGUAAAUUGGCUUGGGAGAUGAUGUCAGCAGGGUAUUUUCCAGAUUCAAGGCAUUUACUUAAUGGUGUUGAAGAGGACGAAAAAGAAUUGCUUGUCUGCCACCAUAGUGAAGAGUUGGAAAUUGCAUUUGAUUUGUUAAACAUAGUCCCCUGCCAUGGAAUAUUUUUUUGAGAGAGAUGCAAACAGUUUCCAUCAUUUCAAACAGGGACAAUGGUCUUGUAGAGGUAAUUGGAGAUGCCAAAUAAAGCAAUCUGAAAAAAAAGGCUUUCACUAUAAUAAUGAAACCUGCACAUGUAUGAAAAAACUGGAGGAAGAAGUUGAGAACCGCAAAAAGAUAAAAGAGGAGGGCUUGACUGAUCAUACGCAUGACCUAUUUUGACUAAAAAAAGAUCGGUUUAAUGGACAAUAGUAGGCAGCAGCAUGGAGGGAACAUCGCUGUGGUUGACUAGCCGUGAAGCUGAAAAUUCUGACUCCCCAAAUUUCAACUGUUUGGGAAAUCCCAGUAUGAUAUGAUCACUGAAUUACUGAAGAGACUGGGUAAUCAUCUAAACUUAGUUUUUCCUUCUGUGAUGUCAAAGUUAAUAGAAUAUCUUCUCCAUAAACACAUCGAACACAGGGCUUUACAGCAAAGGGCUUGGCGGAAUAGCCAUUGGCAAGGCUUGUUAUCAACAUGGCAAUCUAAAGCUAUUUAGGAAAUAGAAACGGUUGAGGAAUCUUCGACUAAGAUCCAUUACAACACAGCAAUAACGCUUCAGGAAGAUUGAAGAAGCGACUAAAUGGAGAAUUGAAAAACUCUUAGGACAGAAGUUUGGAAUGUGGAAGAUGCAGAUGGAAUCGUUGCUGAUUCGAAAAGACCUCUCAAUUGUGCUAGAAGGCAAAGCCUAGAAGCCAAAUAUGAUGACUCAUGAAGAGUGGGAGAAAUUGGAUAAGAAAGCGAGAGCAACUACCAUUCUCUCUUUAUCCGGAGAUGGUUAAUUUAAUUUUGCAACGAAGAAGAGUAUGAAAGGAUUGUGGGAAAAAUUGUCUGAUAUGUAUGAAAUGGUUUCCGCUUCAAACAAGGUUUCCUUCAUGAAGAAAUUGUAUACUUUUAAGAUGAAGGAAGGAGGUAACAUGUCCUAUCACCUCAACAAAUUCAAUACAUUAAUCGGCUAAUUGAUUUUCAUGAACAUAAAUCUAGAUGACGAAAUCAAAGUCAUCUUAUUUUUGUGCUCUCUACCAGAUAGCUGGAAAGGAGUAGUGAUGACAAUCAACAAUUCAGAUUCUAUUGUUACUCUUGCUUGUUUUUGGGUUGUUAUUUUGUUAAAACCUCAAAUCACUAGUAGAGCCCAACAUGUAUGUAAAUCCUCUU